AUGUCUGAGACUAUGUUGUUGGUCAACGAAAAUAAGAUGCCUACGUACCUAUCACACAACCCAACACAACUGCCUAGUCUAGACUCUGUUCUGUCCAAGAUUCAAUCGGAGCAAAAAUGGCCCCUCCCAAACCCGACCACUCCCCAUCCGCUAGCAUUGCCUGCUCCUCCAGCCUUGCUUCAGCCUCUCGGCAGACCAAAUAUACCCUCCAUCGAUAUGCCUUUGGCCUCUAUUCGCUAUACUCGCCAGAAUCCGUCCCACUAUGUUGCUCCGACAGUGGCUCUUCCGACUCCCCAAACCGCAACAGAGCCGGAAAAGAACUCCGACCUCUCGCCACCAAUGCGUCGCUACAAGUGCAAAGUUUGCAGUAAAAAGUUCACUACGUCAGGACAUCUGGCAAGACACACAAGAAUACACACGGGCGUGAAGAACCACAUAUGUCCGUACGAAGGUUGCGGCGCAAGAUUCUCGCGACAGGAUAACUCCCUAAUUUCUGUGCCACGGAAGCUUGGCGCACCAAGGGUUCGAUUUGCCAAGAUUUUUUUGCGUUCGCGAUCAGACAGGGAUGAGUUUUCCGGUGGUCUCGCGCAUCCGUGCACCGGAUCACUAGCUCGAAAAUCACCAGAUUUAUCAUCCUAG